AUGCACGUGAAUGCGGCAGCCUGCGCAACUCUGCAGUCGAACUGCACAAUGAUGCCGGAGAAGCUGAAGGAAGCUGGAAGGAGCUUACUGAAUGCCCGGGACGUGCUCCAGGGCGGUUCGUACCAGGACUUGUGGUACAACCGCACAAGGACUUGGCUGGACCGCGCUGGCCGGCUCACGCUGCUGCGGUCUCAGAAGAUCAGGUUCUACAAAACCAAGCAGUUCUGCCAGAAAGUGGAGAGUGAGGGCUUUGUCUACAACGGCGACAACUGGGGGGAGGUGCUGCUGCUCCACAUUUCCGUCUUAGCUACUCAAGAAGAGAAGAAGAAGUUCAUUACGCAAGAUGAGAACAACUACUUCAUCCCGGAGGCCGGCAGAGUCCUGAAGCUCAAGAGUGAUGCGGAGACCAUUGAGAGCAUCCUGAACCAAACAGGCGAUGAGGAGCCGAACUCCAAUGCCUUGCUGGAGACGAGCGACGCUGACGAAGAUGAGGAGAAGAAAGCGGACGAGAGAAGGGACGAGGAGGAGGAGGAGACUCUGACCCCACCAGAUUGUGUGCACGGAAGAAAGCCGCUGCGGAACCACUGCGCCUGCGAGCCCUGCUUCACUGGCGUGCGCUGCGACAGGCCGAUGGAGCCCGGGCCCUACACGCAACAGGACUUCGAGCCGCUGGUGGCGCAGCGGGUGGCGGGGGCCCAGCAGCCGCUGCCGGUGGAGGGCUGCCGCCUCCACUCGGACCUCCGGCACCAGCUGGCACGCAUCACCCUGAUGCCGCGGCUGGGCGAAUCGCUGCCCGUCGAGAAGAAAGAGAAGGAUGGGCUCUGCAACAGGACAGGCUCCGCGUACAGCGAGUCGCUGAAGCUGCGGAUCCCGGAGACGGUCUCGCCCAAAGAGUACCUCUACCUCAUCGACGUGCCAGUGGGCGAAGCCGUCUGGUACCAGGUGUGCUACUGCUACGGGAUUGAUUGCGCGGGCACGGAGAGCAAUUUGGCGAACUGGUACAGCCUUGGUGAAGUGCAGGUGGUCAACAGCCACGAGGAGCGCAAUGAAGUGGUCCGCAAGAUGUUCUCCAUGGAGGAAAUCCGGCUUCGAAGAAAGCGGGAGAAGACCAAGCAAGAUUGCAGCAAGGAGUGGCUCUUCGCGAGCCGGCCAGAUGCCACGUUCGGCUGGGUUAUUCACGACGAGAAGGUGGAAUUCAGAUGCCUGAAGGACUUCACCAACCUGAAGGGCGUGAUGGAGCUGAAGUGCGACGAGGGGAAGUGGAAGGUGGCGAGACACUCUGCGGACAACCCCUUGGAAAAGAAGAUGCUGCCCGCGGAUAUGAACCUCUGGGAGGAGGAGUAUCCUGAGUGCUCUUGGGUGUACGCCAACAACUGCACGGAGGAGGGCGCUAAGGAUGUCAUCGCCGGUGGGAGGGAUGAUUUCAGUGCUCCCAUGGUGAACAUGCACUCCUCUGAUGGGCAGGUGCAUUAUAGGUGCAAGCAAUUGGGCGACAAGCCCAUGCGCCUGGUGGUGCGAGGCCACAGGAGGCUCCUGAAGGCAGGGGACGAGGUGGUGGUGAAAGGGACGGACGUGGCAGUGGUUGCGGGCUACAACGACGAGACCAACCAGUACACGGUGGGAUUGGUCAGGCAACGGAGGCAGGCCUUCAAAGUACAUGUCGCAGAUGUCGAAUGGCUUCUGAGAGAGACGUCUUUCACGCGGCGCUGCGAGCAAGGGAGAUAUGUUCCCGCCAAUAUUCAAGUGCGCUGCUUGAUGGUGAUGCCAGAGGAGGAGGACGAGUUGAGCCCCUCAGACGAUGCCUCUGCGAAGGGCGACUACGCCCACAAGGCGAGCUUGCCGCGGUCGUCUUUGCUGCAGGAGGGCGCGCAGGAGGGCGCGAACGCCAGCGCCCAGGCCGCCCAGGCCGCCCAGGCCGCCCAGGCCGCGCACGCAGAGGUCCAGGCGAAGGACCUCCAGGAUAGCUUCGAGCCGAUGGCCCUCCAGCCGUGGCCGCUGGUGCUGUCCACGGAUGUAGAUGGCGUCUUCCGCGUGGAUAGUUGCUGGACCAGCCCUCUGAACUGCAGCACCGGGAUGCCCGCCGAGGACACCGCGCGAUCCCUGCAGAAGGAGUCCGUGGUGCUGGGCGCUCCGGAGUCUGAAGAGCCCGGGUGGUCCUGGAACGCUACGGUGGCAGGCUGCGGGGCCUUGGCUGUGAUCGUGGUGGUGAUGCUCAUGGGCUGGUCCAGCCUGCAGGACGACAAGACGAAGUGA